AUGUCAUGCCAUGAUCAGACUCUCUUUCGGAGGGAGCUCGUAGAUGUUGUCAAGUUCUCACCAUGUAAAAAGUCUGACACAUGGGUGGCCCGAAAGAGAGAGCAGCCCCUGUGUGACAACCCAGGCACUGAAAGCUAUGGUUCAGGAGAUGGAUCCCCAAUAUUAUCCACCGUUGCAGUAACGCCGUCUCCUACUACGCAUAUUUCAACUGCGGGUGACCACAAGCCAGUACUUGUCACUGUGAGCACUAUCGAAAGCGGUUUUGAAGCACAAAGUACUCCAAGUCCUGAACUGAAUCCUGUGGACAACCAGGACAGCCUGGAAGCAUCAGAACCAUCUGUCUUGAUAUACGUUGUCCCCGCUGUGCUGCUGGUCCUGCUGAUUUUGCUGAUUGUAUUUUUCGUAAGACACCAUAAAAGGAAAAAGUCUAAGCAAGAUGAGCUGGGAAGUGAAAAUGUGAAAAGUCCUAUUUUUGAAGAAGACACGCCCUCUGUUAUGGAGAUAGAAAUGGAAGAGCUUGAUAAAUGGAUGAACAGCAUGAACAGAAAUGCUGACUGUGGAUGCUUGCCUACUGUAAAUGAAGAAGAAAAAGAAUCAAUUGCCAACCCAAG